CCUUGUUCUUCUUCCUCCCCAAGUGUCACUGUGAUCACUUACUUGCCACUGCUAUCAACGUCGAUCCAUGUGCAUCCGUCUUGUGUGAUCCGCAUGUCACCUGUUCUACGAUCUUGCAUCUAAAUCUAGCACACAAAGGAAUCGUCAACCGUCAAAUAACAGUCACUUAUUCAAGCUUAUCCACCAUAUGGAUCCCUCAGCAAUUACAUUCUCUACCUCCAAAACCACUCCAUUUUCCGGCAUACAGCCAACUACUCCCACAUUUGAGCCGAGCCUGUCAAGUCCCGAAACUCCAUCUGCAGAUUUGGCCACUCCAGCUCAAUCUCAGUCAAGUAAGCGGGAGUCGGGAAAGCUAGUGAUGGAGAUCGAGCACGCAUCAGAGGAUGCAGACGAGAGCGUUGGACUCGGUUAUGGGGACGUGCGAUCGCAAAAGGGGAAACAGAGGGAUCUAGGAAGAGAUGAGGAGAUUAUCAACAUAGCCAUUGGAUCAUCCUCAUCUGGCCAGAUUUCCCCCGUGAUUCCCUCGUCGAGACGUUCGACCAUCGACGAAGGGACGAACGAGUCUUCUGAGGAGCUUCUAGACGACGAGAGGCUCCGUAGAAUGGAGGAGAAGCUGUCAGGAUUUCAGAUAGAGAAGGAUUCAGCCGGAGCGGAAGGAAAGCAUGAACUCUUGGGAAUGGUCCGAUCGCUUCUGAUACCUAUGAAGGAACAUCUACCAUUCAUGCGGAGCCAGAUCGCCGCUCAGAAGGAGACAAUUCUGACUCUUCAAAGACAAUCAAUCAUAUCUGAGCAGUUAAUGAAAGUGGAACGGGAGAGACAUGCUGCUGAACGUGACAGCUGGCGAGCCGAGACCAAAGCUCUGCUCAAAGUGAGAGACGAGGAGAUAGCAUCUGGCGCUAGACCGAAGAAGCUGUUGGACCUUGAUGUCGGCUACCAUCAAGAACUCGAAGCAGCGAACAAGCGGCUCGAAAUGGACAACAGGCUAAUGGCUCCUCGUCUCGCCGACGCCAGCCAGCAGGUUGACAAGCUCGUCAAUGAGUUGAGAUACCUACGUCCCUACGUGAUCAUGCCGACAGCACCGAUAGCUGAGCCUCACGGACCGGAGCAAAGUGGACAGGGCCAGCCCGGUGAGCCAUCGAGAAGGCGUCACGCGGGUUCUCCUACGAAGAUGCGGAAUCAGACCACUAUGGGCGACGCUCGAACCGAGCUCUUACUCUUGGCCGCUAGGAAACUACGGACGCUCAGACAACAGGAUGACCAUGUCGGUCUAGUCACUUUGGACGAGUUGAAACGUGGUGGCGUUGUCGGUCCUGAUGGUGGCGUCGGCUACGUUGAGGGAUAUGGCGGAUUGAUGCUGGACGCAGAUGAUGCGGAGGACGAGCUCAGCGAAUCGGACGAUGACUUGGCGGCUGUCGAUCAUCGCAGGGGUGCUGGUAGCGGCAGUGCGCACAAAAAGGGCAAGCGAGCUGCACCUGCUGUCCCUUCAACACCGUCCCGUAAUAAGGCUCAGCGACCCCCCGCCACUACUCCCGGCGGAAGCAAUUUCAACGAUCUAUUGCGUGCCGCGGAACUCGCUGACCGUUCGACUUCGCCAACUCCUGCGAGCAGAUCAAACACUCGUAAAAGAGCCGAUAGUAUCGGUGAAAGACCGAUCUCUCCCAAACGGCAUCGGAGAGAACCACCUGCCACCGAUUGGAUACCGAGACGGACCGGCAAGAAUGCCAAUCGUGGACCCAGACUAGCCUCACCUUCCGGUGACGACUAUGAGGAUAGUCAGGAGGACGCCGGUCUCGAUCUCCUUUUGCAAGCUAGUCAGCUUGAUGUCUCCCACUCCCGUUCGAAUCCUCAAUCCGCAACCGCCCCUCUACCUAGCUCGUCUCGAUUCGAGGGCAUGCUAGAGGGUCCCAAGCAGCCUGGAGGUAGACUUGCCCGGCUGGAUGGCGCUCUGGCCCCUGCGAUCGACCUAAGAGCCAGAACUGAGGGACAGGGCUCGAAUGCCGACUUCAGCAGUCAGCAGAUUGACCCAAGCUUGUUGGACACCGCAGUCACCGCCACACCAACCAAUCGGCGCCGAGAUUCCGAUGCGGCUCAAAUCCAUACUCCAGCUAGACGUCAACCUGUCUUUCUCGAGCCAAGUGCGGACUUUGACGAGGGUGACGGAGACUAUGAUGAGGAUGACAUCUUGCGCAGCGCUCCGCCAAGUGUCUUGGACAUGGCUCCUGGAGCGUUCGCCAGUCCCUCCGGAGCUACGGUCCCGGGUCUGGGUAAAUAUGUCCAUCUGACGAGCAAUAUUCCUGCUCGACGGAUGAGAUCGCCGUAUCUCAAGUGGACCGUCGAAGAGGAUGAGCUGCUGGCCCGAGCUGUGGCAUUACACGGUGAAAAGUGGGAUCUCGUCAGCAAAGGCGUUCCGACCCGAAGCUAUCAUCAAGUCCGACAACGCUGGCUCAGGAAGACUGGGGCAUUUGAUAAAAAGAUUGGCCAAGAGAGAACGGGCGAGGAUGAGACCAGUCCAAGUCCAGGAAACAAAAGCGCGAAGAAGAAAAAGGCAAUGGCGUAGAGGACGGGUCUGGCAUCUAAACACACUGCAUCGUAUCUUGAGAAUCUUGAGAAGGUGAUCACCAUGAAGAUAAGUGGUGAUCAUAAGGAUCGUAUAGCCAUAAAGAUCUGCUACGAUGCUCAUUUGCAUGCGAUGCUGGG